AUGUGGAAUUGGUUAGAUGCUCGUCGAAACACGGGCGGUCGCAAAAUGCUUUUGGAGAGAACAAUCCAGCACACGACAAUUUUCGUCGUCGUUUGGCACCUCCGAGGAACCCGCACAUUGCCGCACUUUUUUCCUUUUGAUUGAAAUAAAAAGGCCUCGAAUGCAGUUGGAAUCACCACUAUAUCCUGCUGAUUUUCCAACUUUCAUUUUCUGUCUGGAGGUUUUAUCCAAUCAGGGAAAUAUUUUCUGUGACUGCAUUCUCUCAAUAUCUUCCGCAAAAAUUCAAAAAAAAACUUUAUUGGUCGCGAAGGCAAUUUAUAUUCUUUUUAUGAGGUCAUAUCUCACGGUCCUUCAACAACUGUUUCUUUUAGAGACAGAGAGGGAUGAAAACUUGAAUGUUUCAUUAUUUCGGCGGCUGGUCGUUUCGAAACUUUAUUCUCUUCAUUUUCUCAGCUCGUUUAUUUUUACGUUUGAAACAUAAUAUAAAAGGCUUUUGGACUUACUCGUUUCAGAUCUUUUUUUCAUUUUGUCUCAGAUUUUGGGAGAGCCUCAAAUGAACCCGCUUUGUGUCGCAGUGGUCCUGCAAAUGAUCCACGAAGGUCUUCUUUUGUCUUUUGAAAGAUCUCACAAGAUAUUUUCACAGUGACAGCUCUGCUCUGUCACCAAUGCGAAGGCUGGCACGGCUACUAUCCCAUGGCGAACACAAAAGAAAACGCGUGUCUCAAGCUGAACAACGCCUGCGAAGUAAGAAAAACAAUGUGAAAUCCCAGAUCUGAAAAGUGCAGACCAAUCUUUUCUGCGUCAAAAUAUCCGAGCCUAUGACGUCAGAAGCGACAUACGAGCCGUACCGUUCGGAGUGUUGGUCAGUUACGUGAACUAAUCCCCGCAAACGAACAAAUAUCCCAUAAUAAGGUGUCUGUUUGGCAGGUUCCAGCAGACGUUGGUCAUCGGACCCGGAAACGCAACCAAAGUCGAGCCAAAGUGCUACACAUUUUUCGACCAAGUCGUCCCUCCGAAAAAGUUAGAUGCAACAUUUUGAACAAAUGUCUUUAUUCGUGCAGAUGGACUUACUGUUUUUGCAACAACACCGACUACUGCAACGCUUCUGCAAGAAAUCUUAUUUCGAUCUUCAUUAUUUUGUUUUUGAGUGUAGUUUUAUGA